AUGUCUCAGUACCGAAAAUAUUGGCAAGACCCACGGAGUGUGAGUGAUUGUGUCGUGUGGAAAAUGCUGCUGGUUAUGGCAGUGGGCGUAUUUUUCUGUCCUGGCUCUGCAGCGCUGCAGUCGCGCGCCGCAGCAUGGAUCAUGGGCGGCCGCCGGUGGCUCGCCCGUCACAGCGUUGAAUGUGCCCAGUUUGAUCUAAAUACGGUUCAGAUCUGCUGUCUGUUGUUUGUGAACAGCCAGACUUCCCGAGAAAGAAGCGAACCGUUUGGGCUGCUCAAGGAGACCCUGAUCUGCAUGGCAAUGAAGCUGGGGUUCCCUCAAGAGUCCAGCAAGCAUUUCCCCCCCAUGUCCGCCAGCGAGGCCGAGAUGCGACAAAGGCUGUGGACCACUGUCCUCAAAAUCGCCAUCCAGUCCAGUUUUGACUCGGGCCUCCUGCCGUUAAUCUUCGAGGGCUAUAACUGUACCACAACGUCGAAUCUGGAUGAUGCUGACCUGCUCGGUACUAGCUCUUUAGCACCCCAGCCGCUCCCUGUCUUUACACAGUCCACCGUGUCGAUGGUGCUAGCCAGCACUCAGCGCAUUCGUCUGCGCAUUUUGCACCUCAUGAAUGCGCCGGGCACCACUCUUACCUACCAGGAUACGUUACAGUUGACAAAGGAGCUUGAUGGCAUCAGCAAUGAAAAUCUCGCCCGCAUGCAAUCCCUUACCGCGUCCUCGACCAGACCCACGAACUAUAUUAAAAUUCUCGAUGCCAGGGCCAACCCGUGUUACUACUACUCCCGCAAGGUGCGCAUGGAAGCAACGGCCGUGCUGCUCUCCAAUCCACUGCUGUAA